AUGUCAGUAGGAGUGGAGACUUCUCAAGUCAUCUGCAAAACAGUGGCGGUGGGGCCCUCUGAAGCAGCUGACCCAAAUUUGAGCAAACUUCCCAAUAAAUUAUUGAGUGCAAAUAAAUCUCACAAAGAGCAAAAAAUGCAGAGUGUUUCAGCUGCUACACUAGACACCAAGAAAAGAAAAGAUGUCUCUUUUACAGCUCCUUUUGAUCUUCGCUUUCCAUUCACCAAUCAGACUCAUAACUGCUACCAGAAUUACUUGGAUUAUUACCGUUGUCUGAAGAUGAUGAAAGGCAAAGGCAAGGAUGUGCAGAAGUGUGAAUGGUACCAUAAGGUUUUCAAAUCCUUGUGUCCCAGCAGUUGGGUUGAUCAGUGGGAUGAGCAACGUAAACUGGGAACUUUUCCUGGCAAGAUAUAA